UAACAAUUCAAAACCGAAUAAAAGUAAUUAUUUAAUUUUCCAAUCAUCGUUUCAAUUCUUAUAGAAAAACACAGCUUUUUUCCAAUCCGGUGUGCUCCAGAAUAGUCUAAAUCCAUUUCUCUUUCUUCUUCCUAUAAUACAUAUUCAACUCUCCAUAUUUAUAUCCCAAAAACUUCUUUUAAAAAAAUAAAUUAAGAAAGAAAACCGAUAUCGAUUCUCAAUAGUUUUAGUUUCAAAAUCUUGAAUUAGUUGAAAGUAUGAGGACCAAGAAGCAAAAGCAGAGCAAACUGAUGAAAAUAGUUUCAACUCCAUUAAGAGUAUUGGGGAAAGCAAGAGAUCUUUACGUAAAAAGCAUCACAGGCUGCGCAACAAGAACAUAUGGCCAUUCGAGAUCCAUGCCAAAAGGCGAGCUGCCCAAGAGCUAUAGCAUGGGGUCAACUAUAUCGAGCGCCAGCGCCGGCGAUGACUACGGCGAUCUAAUUAGGGCUGCGUCCGUUAGAAGUCUGGGACAUAAAAACGAGAUUGAUAUGUUAUUACAGCAACAUAAAGAAGAGCAACAGAAGAAACAACUGCCCAAGAGUGUGAGUGUGGGCAUGGGAUUUAUGGGUCGGAUUGAUGAAGAAAAUGGCGAUGAAGAAGGCAGUGUUGGUGGUUCUAAGAGAGCUGAUAUGUACCCUAGAAGUAGAACUGUUGCUGGAAGAUCAUCAGGUGCUGCCUUUUGAUUACCAAAGGAAAUGGAAAUUUCAGAUUUGGAAGAGCUGAUUGCAUUGAAAAUUAAGGUUUGUUUUUUUGUUGUUUUUUUGGGUUAAAGUGAAAGAUUUUGUUUGUAAAGGUAGUUAAAUUGUAAUUUAGUGUAUUGAAGAAUGUUUUUCUUGUAAUCCAACUCCCAAUUGAAAGGAAUAAGAACUGAAGAUUUUCAA